UGAGUGGAGGCCAGUGGAGGGAUUGGCAGGGAGGGAUGGAGGACACUGAGUGAAGGCCAGCUGGAGGGAUUGGCAGAGAGGGAUGGAGGACAUUGAGUGGAGGCCAGUGGAGGGAUUGGCAGAGAGGGAUGGAGGACACUGAGUGGAGGCCAGUGGAGGGAUUGGCAGAGAGGGAUGGAGGACAUGGAGUGAAGGCCAGCUGGAGGGAUUGGCAGAGAGGGAUGGAGGACACUGAGUGGAGGCCAGUGGAGGGAUUGGCAGAGAGGGAUGGAGGACACUGAGUGGAGGCCAGUGGAGGGAUUGGCAGAGAGGGAUGGAGGACACUGAGUGGUUAGGAAGGUGGAUGAGUCUGGCAGCAGCAU